UGUACCUUGAAAUUGGAACGCUAUGAAUGUAGUCUUUGAUCUCGUUGGACUUUUGAAUAUGGUAUUUAAUUUAUGAUGUUAUGGAUGCAUAGGUCAUGAAUGAUCAUAGCACAAUUGAGGAAAAUAUUAAAUGCAUAGCACAAGGACCUAGUCGAUGGAUUAAAACAUACAAAGGUUAUUAUGUCAAUGGGUUCAAGUUUCACACAACCUAACAUGGGCAACAUAAAUCAACAAUGAAUAAUGGUGUUUGUGUUUUAGGGAAUUCAUGGAAUGCAAAUGAAGUUGAUUAUUACGGGUUGUUGGAAGAGGUGAUGGAGGUAGAAUACUUUGGAAGUGGAAAUAAAGUUGUUCUGUUUAAAUGUCAUUGGUAUGAUACAUCUGACCGCGGGGUUAGAGUGCAUCCACGGUUUGGUGUUGUGGAGAUUAAUGUUCGAAGAAGGCUUAGCACAAAUGACCCUUUCAUUUUAGCUGAACAAGCACAACAAGUUUUUACACAUCUUUUCCAUCUACACGAAAAGAUAGAAGUGAUUGGCGGGCUGUAUGCAAAACAAAAGCUAGGAGUAGAAUAAAUAUGCCACCAGUAGAAACACACGAAGAAAGCAAUCCCAAAAUUGUUGAAGAUCCUUUUCAAGAAGAGAUAAUGUCAUCACCAUAUGAAAUUCCUAUCACAGUAGAUUUAGAUCGGUCUGAUAUUUUAUUGGAUAAUACUAUAAAUCCCGUAGAAGUACUUCCCGGUGAAGUUAGGGAUGAUUCGAUGACCUCAACAGGAGAUGUAGGAAUUGAUGAAGAGGAAGAAGAGGAGGAAGAAGAAUUUGAAGACUCUGAUUCUGAAAACAACACAAACCAGCACUACGUGGAUUCCACUAGUACCGACGAUGAGGAUGGGUGAAGGAAAUGUAAGCCACCGAAAGUCUAGAACAAGGGGACAUGUACGGAGUACAAAUACGUGGUGAAUGAAACAUUUAGACUAUGAUAUGAUCAUUCUGUCUUGUUAAGAUUCUUUUUACAUUAUUUUGUUAAGAUUAUAUGUUUUGGAAUUUGUGCUCAUGUUGGAACUAUUGGGAAUCAUACCCGUGUGAUGAUUUAUUUAGAUUUACAUUCUUAUUGGGAU